GUGACAAGUGACAGCUGUUUGUUACGAUAGAAUAUAAUAUAACCUAUACAUUUUAAAGUUUUACUUUAUUUAUUUAUGAAAAACUUAAUAAUUACAUGUAAUGGAUGACUCAAGUACUAGUGUAAAAAGACCACAGUUUGGAAAUCGCAUCUUGGAGAAUGUUGACGAGGUCUUCAAACAUAACGCGUGGUAUCGUAUCUUCUUUACUAAGACACUGUUCUAGAUCUAGUUGUGCCGAUAAUGCCACAAUAAAACUAGAUCUAGAAAAGACUAGGCACAGAAAAAAGCCUCCUGGAGGCUCCAGAUUCUUAGAAGACAAAAAUAACCUGUACCUUUUUAAUGCUUGGGACAAUGUCCAGUGGGAUGAGGAUCAGGAAAAAGCGGCCAAAGAGAAAGUGGAACUGAACUCUAAAGUUAUUUUCUCUGAAGAUCGCCUAAAAGAUUUGGAUGUAAACGCUGACAAACAUUGGGAUGCUUUCUAUGAUAUUCAUCAAAACAGGUUCUUCAAAGACCGCCACUGGCUAUUCACUGAGUUUCCUGAGCUAGCCCCAGAUUAUACUGCAGCGCCUCAAAGAGUUUAUCCAAAUGAUAACGAUAAUAAAACUGCAGAAAUUGACAAAUCCGCUAUUCCAAAUACUGAUUCAAAAAGAUUAAUAUUUGAAAUUGGUUGUGGCGUAGGAAAUACAAUAUUCCCAAUUUUGCAAUACAGCACUGAUCCAAACUUAUUCAUUUAUGGGUGCGAUUUCUCAUCAAAAGCAAUUGAAAUAAUGCAGCAAAAUGAACUGUAUGACACCAAGAGAUGCAAUGUGUUUGUAUUGGAUGCAACUAAUGAGGAAUGGGAGGUGCCAUUUGAAGAAAACACAUUGGACAUUAUUGUCUUGAUAUUUGUACUGUCUGCCAUAGAUCCUUCAAAAAUGCAAAUUGUCAUUAACAACAUUUACAAAUACUUGAAAUCUGGUGGUUUAGUUGUGUUUCGUGACUACGGCCAGUAUGACCUUGCACAACUUAGAUUCAAGAAAGGACGCUGUAUAUCUGACAACUUCUAUGCUAGAGGAGACAACACUAAAGUGUACUUUUUUACUCAAGAGGAAGUGGAAAAAAUAUUUAAAAAUGCUGGGUUUCUGGAAGAACAAAACUUGAUUGACAGAAGACUUCAAGUGAAUAGAGGAAAGAUGUUGACCAUGUACAGAGUUUGGAUACAAGGAAAAUAUAGGAAACCAAUGUAGUUUACACAUAUUACAUUAUAUUGGUAAGAUGUACAUAAUUUCAUUAAAACUUAUACAAAUUAAGAAUAAUUGAAAUGUGAAUUAUUUAUUUACUGAUUAGUUAAUCUAUUAAUUCA